AUGGGGCCCCGGCUGUUGCAGGCGGGCUCUCGCGGUGCCAAAACGCCUCUGAAGUCGGCCAGUGCUCCAAGCAUCGCGGGCUCUGCUAAGCUGGGACUCACGGUGCGACCUGAAGGCAGUUCAAGUCCAUGGGUUGAACCCCAUCCACUGAAGCAGGCUGGACAGCAUCCCGGGCACUCGGGGGCCUCGGGAGUGGAUUGGGACCCAAAGGCCUUCGUAGACGAUGUCCCUUGGAUUCCCUUGGAUUCCCCCCGGGAAACCAAGCGAGAUGAACAUCGCUGGGCACAGCUCAUGAAGUACCGAGAGGGGCUUGCCAAGCAGAUCGAAGAGAACAAGGCCCUCAGGCAAGCGCGCCGCGCUGAGUCGCACGACAUGGCCAAGACCAUCGCAGCUGAGACGUUGAAGAUGCACACGCGGGAGAUCAGGGAGAAGGAGAUGCGACCUGCGACGGGUUUGUCACGGCUGAGUGCUUUUGAGGAACUGCAUCAGAAGCGUCUCAAAAACCGGCAGAACUUGGACGAGCAGAUGGCACUGUUAGAGGAGCGCGCCAAGGAAUCGCGACUUCAAGACCUGCUGGAGGGCGCUGAGACCAAGGCCAGAAGCAUGCAGCUCCUCUAUGAAGAGAUGGAAACCCAAAAGAAGCGAAAAGAGGACUUGAAGAAACGCGGGGACGAGAUGCGCCAAGAGGUGGCCCGCAGACAGGUGGAGAAGAGCGACAACAAGAAGCAGGAUCGAGACGACAUGAUCGCCAAGAUGCGCAACGAUGAUCUGCAGGAGGAGCGUCGUCAGGCAGCGAAACGCGAAUGGCUGCGCCAAUUUCGCGCGACAACGGAUGCUCGGGAGGCCAACUAUAUGGCCAUCGCGGGUCGCGACAUGGACUUGCGAAACACACAGGAAGCUGAAAGACAAGAUCGAGAUGAGAAGCACCACAACCUACGGUUGGACCUGCAUUACUCCAGGCGUGCGGCGGCACGGAAGGAACAGCAGGAUCGAGUUUUGGGCGACAUGCGAAUGCAGUUGGGUGCUGCAGACGAUACGCGCGAGCUGGAUCGACUGCGGCAGGAGCGAGAGCGGCACGCCGCCAACCACGCGGCCCGGACGGCGGCAGAGACGGAACUGCAGAAGCACCGCCACAAGCGGGGCUUGGAAUUGCAGAUGCAAGCAGAAUUAGCCCAGAUGAUGAUGGACAAGCAGAAGCGAGACAAGGGUGAAUUGGAUGGUCCCAAGUCUCGAAUCACCGCUUUAUGCUCCAUGGCCAUCGACCAAUCCUUCGUGGAGAUGACCAAGGCCCGUGCUGAGGGCAAGGCCUUGCCAUCUAAGCAGGCCAUGCAUCAGCUGGACGCGUCCAAGGAUUUGAGUAAACCUUUGGGGAAGCCACGUGUGAAACCCUGGGUUGAUAUCGCCAAAAGCCACGGGCCUGGAGGCGUGGUGGGCGUUUUCGGCGGUGACGGCCGGGUGCACCAGAGUUUGAUGGCUACUGGUGGCUCCAGACGCAUCCUGACCAAAGAUGCGGCCCGAAAGACGUGGUCGGAAGGCAUUUCCAAAGAGCAGCUGAAGGAGGGCGAGAAAACAGCGGAGCAGCGACAUGCGGCGAAGCUGCUCGACAAGUCCGAUUUCUGA